AUGAAAACGCGAAACAAACGCCAGAAACUCCUCGUCCAUGUUCCCCCCUCCCCACCCCCGAGUUUUCUUCUUCUUCUUCUUCUUCUUCUUCUUUUUUGGUGUGUUCAACAAAGCGACUAUUCGAAAACAUUCAUGAAUCGCCCCCCCAAAGAAAACUCUUCUCCCUAA